AUGGUCCACUGGCUCGAUGUAACUCCCGAAUACAACACCUCGCCCCUCAUCCCGCUAUGCUUCGUGACCGCCCUGUCCUCGUACGGUCUCUACAUGGCCUACCAGAACAUCACGCGGCUCCAGGAGUACGAAGAGCAGGCGCAGAAGCUGUCAAAAUGGUCGAACGCUGUCGCGGCGCGAUUGCACAAGACGCGGGCCACGCAGACUAGCGGAACGAUCGCUCUGGUCCUUUCCACGCUGUGUUCUCUGCUGUUGCUGCUCACAAAGUUUGGAAUCACGACGCAUGUCGUUCUGUCCAUCAUCUGUAUGGCAGUGAGCGCUUUGGCGAGGCUUCAUAUGAAGACGUUCUGGAACGAGAAGGAUCAAAUCAAAAUCCCGCUCAUGGGUAAGUUCAACGAGGCCAUUGCAGGCAGUGAGGAGGUGGUGCAGCUGUUAGGUGGUAUUACGGCCGCUUGGAUCGCGGCGGGUUUGCUAUCUUUCUUCUAA